CCUGUUUUCUUGAUGUUGCGGUGGUGCUUCAAUAAAAUGGAGUUCACUCUUUACAGCUUUGACGGUUUAGAUCUUUAAGAUCUUUUGGAUCCUUUGGAUCUUUUGGAUCUUUCGCCUCAAUAGCUGCCGCCAACACAAACAUACAUAUCGGCAGCACAAUCAAAGAAAGAGCACCAUGCACAAGUCCAAGAUGAGAUGUCUCCUCGGUUUCGUCUGCCUGCUGUGGUUGGAAACAAGAGCCUUUGUGAUCCACCAAAGUCACAGUGUACAAAGAUCGGCUACAACUACUAUCGUUAACAGCAGACUAUACGCGUCAAUAAGCAGCUCAUCUUACCCACAAGUUCUCUGCGUGGGCGACGCGCUCUUGGACUGCAUCGCUACCGAUGAAGCUCGAGGUUGGUCAGUCGAGAAAAUGACUCAGGAUGACAAAUAUUGGAAAGCAUUUCCGGGUGGUGCCAAUGCCAAUGUGGCGACGGCCUGUGCCAAACUGGGAACUCCUUCUGCCUUUUGUGGUUGUGUGGGAGACGAUGCCGAUGGGGACCUCUUGGAAAUUGUUUUUUCCGACUGUGGUGUCAAUGUAGAGUUGUUGCAGCGAUCCUCGCAACUCCCCACGAGGCGUGUCAUGGUGACACGGUCCAUGGAAGGGAAUCGAGAAUUUGGUGGCUUUUAUCAAGGUCGAGCCGCCCAUGAAUUUGCAGAUUGCGAGCUGCAGUGGAAUGGCGACUGCGAAUUGCUGCUGCCAGACACUGAAUGGAUCGUGUCGGGUACGUUGAGUCUCGCGUUUCCAACCACUAGCCAGAGUAUUGAAAAACUACUAGAAGAAGCGUCAACAACAACGACAAACUUCUAUGUGGACAUUAAUUGGAGACCCGUGUUUUGGCCCGCCGACGGGGAAGACGAUGCCAGGGAUAGGAUUCUGACGUUUGCGCAACGGGCACAGUUGGUAAAAAUGACAGACGAGGAAGCGGAAUGGUUGCUAGGGAUACCUGCCAUGGAAGCCCUGGAAAAUCCACAACAGGUUCACAAAGCCUUUCCCAAUUCGAGCGGUGUGUUUGUCACGGCCGGAGAAAAGGGCGCUGCCUACUCGUUGUUGGGACAUACGGGGCGAGUGGAGCCCUUUGUGGUCAAUGUACAGGAGACCACAGGGGCGGGUGAUGCCUUUACAGCAGGGAUUCUUCAUGGAAUCCUAUCCGGUGGCCAAAGGUGGGAAUGUCUUCGAGGACGAGACAACAACAACACAACAAUAUCAAUAGAAGAAAUACCCAGUAGCGAGGAUGUCCACAGACUUGUACAGUUUGCGGCUGCCGUCGGUGCUUUGACGUGUACCAAGGAGGGCGCCAUUGCAGCACAACCCACUAUUGCUCAGGUGGAGGAAUUUUUAAAAGAAAGCCAAGGACGACAAUGACGGGUCGACCCCGACAGCUGGUUUUCUUCGACAUGUGUCAAACCAGUAAUGUUUUGCGUCAAACCGGUAAAGUUUUGGUCAAACGUAAAAGAUGAGUAUCGCUAACAUGUCAUGGAAGCAACCGUAUUGAUAGCAUACCAUUGUAGAGGCUUUAUUAUGAUGCAUAUAAGAAAACGGACAGUCGGAUAAACCAUUUGGAAGCAAAGUGUCCAGGUUGGGCCUACUAGUAGUUGCCACAGCAUGCACUUGGAUUGUUGCUCUGACUAGCUAGGUCUCUCAGACGGAAAUCCUGAUGGGCUAAUUGACAUUAAUAAUGGACUUGUGGUAGGGUUCCCAGGGGUGAUGCUGCUCAGCAUUGAGAGGAAACUUCGGUGCUAUGAUAGCUUUGGUCUCUAACAGUAG